UUUUGAAAGUCGACCACUUCCCGUUCACCGACAACAUUGAAUUAUCUUUGAUUAAAUCGUGAAAAUGGCUCCUAAAAAAGGAGAAAAGGAUCAACACAUACAGGUUUCUGUUCGCUGCAGACCUUUAAACAAUACUGAGAAACGGCAGAGUUCUUACUCAGUGGUGGAAACAAUCCCGGAUAAACGAGAAGUGGUGGUGAAAGAGAAGAUUGGCAUUAACCCACACACCAAGACUUUCAGCUUUGACCAUGUGUUUGCAGCUCAUACCCCACAGAUUGAGGUGUACAAAGGAAUUGUCACUCCUAUUAUAGAGGAGGUGCUCAUGGGUUAUAACUGCACUAUUUUUGCCUAUGGCCAGACAGGAACUGGGAAGACAUUCACAAUGGAAGGGGAGAGAACUGAAGAUGCCACCAUCUCGUGGGAAGAGGACCCGCUCUGCGGUAUCAUCCCCAGGGCCAUGCACAACAUCUUUGAGAGGCUGCAAGCAUCAGAAGUGGAAUAUUCUGUGCGGGUAUCAUUCCUUGAGCUGUACAAUGAGGAGCUGUUUGAUCUGCUGGGUAGUGGUAAUGAUACGCUAAGACUCAAGAUCUAUGAAGAUGGAACCAAAAAGGGCUCGGUGGUGAUCCAGGGUCUGGAGGAAAUCGUGGUCAACAACAAGAAUGAUGUAUACCAGAUUCUGGAGAGAGGCUCAGCAAAGAGACAGACAGCUGCUACUCUGAUGAAUGCUUCUUCCAGUCGGUCCCACACUGUAUUUUCUGCUAUCAUCCACACCAAGGAGAACUCAAUAGAUGGAGAAGAACUGCUGAAGACAGGCAAACUCAACCUGGUUGAUUUGGCUGGCAGUGAGAAUAUUGGUCGUUCAGGUGCUGUUGACAAGCGGGCCAGAGAGGCAGGUAACAUUAACCAAAGUUUGCUGACACUGGGUCGUGUGAUCACCGCCCUCGUUGAACACGCCCCUCACAUUCCAUACAGAGAGAGUAAGUUGACCAGACUGCUGCAAGACUCGCUGGGAGGCAAGACUAAAACUUCCAUCAUUGCCACAAUAUCCCCAGCAGCCUGUAACCUGGAGGAAACUUUGAGCACUCUGGACUAUGCUCACAGAGCAAAGAACAUAGAAAAUAAACCAGAAAUCAACCAGAAACUAACCAAGAAAGCCCUACUAAAGGAGUAUACUGGAGAGAUUGAGAAGUUGAAGAAAGACUUACAAGCUGCUCGGGAGAAGAAUGGCAUCUAUAUAGCCGAGGAAAACUACACUGCCAUGCAAACGACCAUAGCCCAGCAGACAGACAGCAUCAAAGAGCUGGAGGAUAGGAUUUUGGUCAUGACAGAAGAAAUGGUCAAGAUAAACGAUCUGUUUACGGAGACCAAAGAUGACUUGGUCAACACCAAAAACCAGCUGGACUCCACCACGAAAACCCUGGAGGAAACAAUAACCGUACUAGAUGAGACAAAGACAGACCUUCAGUUAACAACGCAAGACAGAGAUGAACAGCGCCAUCUGGUGGAGCAUCAUGUGGAGACAGAAGGUUCACUGUAUACUGAAGCCAGUCAGCUAUUACAAACAGCAGACCUGUCCACCGCGGACGUGUUUGGACUUCACGACAAGCUGGACAGGAAGAGGAAGGUCGAGUCGCAGAACGAGGAGUGUAAGGAGACGUUCCAGGAGCAGUUCUCACGAGAAAUGACCAGGAUAAAGGACAGUGUCCAGAAGUUUGAGGAGACAAGGCAUCUGUCCAUCACUCAGACGCGACAACAGCUUAGUGGCAUGUUGGAAAAGAAAAGAGGAGAAGUUGGUAAAUUGAAAGAAGAGUUAUCAUCGCUGAAUUCUGUUGUGGAAGAAAAACUAUCAGAUCUUGACUGUCACCUGAAGACUAGUCAACAGGAGAGUACCAGCGAUGUACAAGAUAUUGUCAAAAAUGUCUCAUCAAUCAAGGAGAAAGAGCAGGAGUCCUUAACCCAGUUUGAGAGGACUGUUUUCAGAAGGAUGAUGUCUGCUGUUGAAGAUAUACUUCAGUCCACACAGACCUCACUACAGCAAUUCAGUGAGCAGAUUAACACACAGCUGUCAAGCCUCGAUGCCCAGGAGCAUGCCCACUCUAAUGAGUUAUGGGGGGACCUGGAUGGCAUAGUGUCCUCAUUAGAGCGUUACAUUAGUGCCACUGACAAUCAGGUGUCAGAGAUGAGUGCUCAGCGGGUUAAGGCUCGGGAGGAGGGAUGUCGUCUAGACCAGCUUGUCAGUGAAAAGUUAUCAGAGUUGCAAGGCUUGAUACAACAGAAACAGGAGCAUUUUACAAGCUACAGCAAACAGGAAGAGGAACUUACCUCUAGAAUCAGAGGAGAUUUGUCUACUGUCCGAUCAGUAAGAGAUGAAGUACAGAGUUGCCACAGCAAGUUAGUGUCUCAUGAGGAGUCAUUUACGUCCUGUACAGCGGCACAGCGAGAGUCCUCACAGGGAUGGGUGACCAAGUUAAACGAGAAUUUGAGUAGCUGCAGCCAAUCAGGGAAGGAUGUUGUGGGAGAGUGUACAGCAUUCACAGAGAAAUGUAGACAGGCAUGGUCUGACCAUUGUACAGAGGUGUGUGAGAAGCUAACAGCACACAGUACCUCCCUCAUCACACAUCUCAAUAUCAGUAACCAGAAGACACAGGUUCUUCAGCACCAGGUGUCUGACCACCUUGAUCGCUUGACCACAGAUGCUGUAGAGAUGUCUGAACAGUUUACUGCUGACAUUGGUCAGUUGGAUGGUCAGUGUUCAGCUACAGCCACAGAGGUGACCAGCUUCUGUGAGAUGACCAGGAGAGACCUGUCCAAACAGGAGACUGGACUCACAGACUUCUUGACAAGUCAGCUACAGAAGGAUAUACCUACAGGUUUGACCCCCCAGCGACGAGAGUUUGCUUAUCCACAGAACCUUAGCAAGACGGAGCCUCACGAGAUUUUAAUACAGAGAUACCGAAAACAGAGAGAACAAGAGAUGGACCUGAUUGCUGUGACCUUGUUUGAGGAUGCAGAAAACAGUGGCCAAUCAGAGACAGAGUCACAUGUAGAAGAAAAGGCGACACCAGAGGACCUCCCCAGUGUGGAGCUAAUGCUGCCUCCUAGAGUAUCACCAGACAAUAGUGACAGUGUGAGUGAGGCAGGAAGCGAGUCCUCUGUCAAAUCGGGGAGAUCCUACAAGGAAAACAAGAUCUCUUCACGGAGUUCUCGUUCAAAGAAAAUCCCAAAACCAGCCCAGAAAACUCCAGUUAACAACAAUGGCAAGACAAGACUUCCUCUUCGUACAGCAAACACACCACAAAACUCGUAGCAAGGGGAGUCUACAUCAAGAUACUGUACUUCUCACACCACAGAGGUUUUAGCAGUUUGAGUCAGCAUCAAGAUACUUCCCACAUCAAAGAACUCGCAGCAGUCAAGUUGACAUCAAGAUAUUAUGCAUCACAGAACUUGUAGGAAGAGGAGUUGACAUCAAUAUACCAUACAUCAUUCAUUUCAUAUUUUUCACACCUAAAAUUUUAAUAUGUAUUCCCAAACUCUUCUUUAUAUAUAUAUGAGGACUGUACAUGGGAAAAUCAAGCCUUUGUAAAUUGCAAUGGUUAUUUUAUUCCUGUAAAUCUUUAUGGAAGUAGUUAUUUUGCAGUUUUAGGCCUUCUAAGUAAAACCCAUUUUAAUACAGAAUUGAUAUUGUGUUUGAGCAU